AUGAAGUUCACUAUAUUUGUUUAUUUAUCAGUCCUCUCGAUCGGCAUUUUCUCGGUUUCUGCUGAUGAUUCAGGGGUUCUGAAGAUUCCAGGGAAUGACACAAAAAUUGAUGAAGUUGAUAAUAAUGGGACUGAAAUUAUGGAAAUAGCUGUUGAAGAUAAUGAUGAGGAGUUAAUUGAUGAUACGAAGGAGUCAGAGGAGGAGGAGAACAAAGGGAACGCGACGAUUUCUUCAAAAUUGAAGAAUGAAGGGGCUUACAAGAUCUACAGCAAUUGCUUGACGGAUAAAGUCUAUGGGAGUGUCGAGGUUGUCAAUGCCACGAGACUCAUGGAGCUCCUGAUAAUGGAGCCAGGCCCUUCAAAUCGUACUGAAUCCAAAAAAGAGGGAAAAAUUCCCCCCAGAACAUGUGUUCUAGUCUUAUUCUACACCAGGUGGUGUGUCUUCAGCAGUCAGGCUGCCCCUCACUUCAAUGCACUUCCUAAAUUUUUUCCAUACAUCAGAGCAGUUGCUAUCGAUGCCUCCAAGUACCAGAACUUCAAUACUCAAUUUGGAAUUGUUGGAGUUCCAACUCUGAUGUUUGUGUACAAUGGAAAGCCUCUGGUGAGGUUCAACGAUUCCUCUUAUACUCUGGAGUCAUUCGCCAAAUUCGUCACAGAUUACACAGCACUCGAGCCAAAUGGCUCUCUCUACGUCACAUCGGGGGAUUUUGCUGGUCCUGUACCUAGUACACCCUCCAACGAGUGCGAUUACUGUCUGGUGUUGUCCUGGAUUUUUAUCGCAGCCUGUGCACUUUAUUUCACUCUCCAAAGCCAGUGGUGGAGGCAAUUCGUCGAGCUCAUUCAAAACACGUGGAGAGAGAGCAACGCACAGCACGAGCACACGGAUUAAUAUUUCUUCAAUUACUGUGAUAAUUGUGUACAUAAUGUGGGUGAUUAAAGGGGUCUAAUUUUAAUUAAAAGUCAACAAUCAUUGGAAUCGUUAAA